GUCCAAUUCCGACAGUGAAUCCGACGAUUAGCCACAAAUUUUAAUUCGGUUUUCGGUUGAGGUUGCAGUUGAAGAUGUUGCGGUAGAAGGCAUCGGUUACCAGUGAAUUUCUGCGUCAUACUGCUAAAAACCAAUUUCAAUGUAAAAAAGGCAGGUGUCUAUGGGCAACAACGGUCUUGUUCAAUGAUGGCACAGCAACAACUUUUACAACACUACCAGGAGUUGGAGUAUUUUUACGUUUAUGUGGCUGAGUCUGAAUAUUCCGAGAUUGGAUAUUGGAUAUUGUUAGAACCCGACAAAACUCUUAGUUUAAAAUCUUUGCGUGGUUACUAUGCAACAUGUUUUGGUAUGAAAUAUAAAUGCAUUAAUCCGAUGAAUGAAGUUGAGACCAAAUAUGUUCGAUACCGUAAUGGUUUUUAUCGGUUCCCCGCGGGUAUUGACAUGAAUAAUACACGAUUCAUAGCGUAUUAUUACAGUGAUGUAGAUGAUGUUAAAGGUUUUAUGGCGUUGAUCGAAGCGAAUGAUGAAGGAAAUGCUACAGUUCCUGCUUUGGAUGUGAGAGGUUGCAACCUGGAAAGCAAUGAAUCUGCACUGGGACGAACAUUCAUGAAUUUCGACAUGGAAAACGUUUUAAAGCGAGGAGCCCAAAGCACUCCGAAAAGUUUUUCUAGAAAGAUGCCAACGCUGGAGAAUGUCUCCUCAACAUCGGACGUUAUAUUAAACGAACCAACAAUAGAAUGCAUAACGGUUCCGGAUUCCUCAUCAAUAAUACGAAAUCCGCCUCUGCCACCUCCUGGUCCUCCAUACUCCAAGUCGUACAUGAAGAACAAUUCACCAAUCACAUUAAUGCCUGUUGGUUCCAGUACUAGUGCAAAAUGCAAAUCAGGACCUAAUGUAUCAUCAACAUCGAAUCUGGAAAAUGAAAAUAAUGAGAAAUGCAUCAGAAACAAACAAAACCGUAUAAAUGCCGAUGAAACUAGAGAAUUCCCACCAUCCAAACAAAAUUCCAUAAGGGUAAAAGCCGAAUCGAUGAGCCGAUCUAAGAAUAUACUGAAUAAAUAUCAGCAGAUGCACUCUAAGCCAUUCAAUGUAGACCAGAAGACUCCACUGAAAAUUACCCUAGAGUCACGCGGUCGUCAGGAAAAUAGAAAAAUAUUAAAGAUUGAAGAUAAUAAGGGUCGCACCACUGCGCUUCUAACUAAGAAAAAUUGGCCCGGAAAGAUUGGGACCGCCAAACGUCGUCUCGAUCGUAUCGAUGAGUAUGAAACAGAACGUAUUGAUAAACGACGUAGAUAUAAUACGGUACAAGCACAGAAUUACCGUCAAACCGAGCCUAAGGUAUUGCCUUCUCGUAAUGACCAUUAUCGCACUAUGAAUGUCCUUUUGGUCGGUUUCCAUGGCACGGCUCCUUUUGUGGAUGAAACAACGGUUUAUUUUCGUGAAUUCGGUGAUGUUAUGGAUUUCCAAUUGUACACUACGGACAACCGACGUGAUCCACCAGUGCAUUACGCGUUUAUGAAAAUCUGCACAAACGAUGCUGUGGCGCUCCUAUCAGAUCGACACUUGUACAAUGAAUCGGUUAUCUACGCAAUAAGAGUGGACGAAUCUAGACUUCCGUCGCGACUCACUUGCACGGUAUGCGGUUAUCAAGGGCUCAAUGUUGGCCAUUUACAUUAUCACCUAGAGGGUCAGUGUCACCAGUCCUAUCUACAAAAGCUCGUUGAAACAAUUGGAAAAGUUUAUCGUCAGAGCUACUAUCGAAUUUCCUACGACAAAUUUUAUGUGCAACAUCCGGAUGUUGCUCAUGAGGCAGUCAGACACGAAUAUUGGAGACGAAGUCGGAAUUCAAGCAUUUAUUCACCGGCAGUAUUUGCUCCAGUAAAUCGUCAUUACAAGACGGAACGAGGACGUGAUUAUUGAUUAAGUCAUCCUUUUUAUGCGAUUCAUGAUAAAUUUCAUCUAAAGAUUCGCUCUCGAUUAUAGAAGAUAUUUGAAAAAUUGAUCGUUCAAUGAAGGAUUAUCGAAAAAAAAUGAAUACUAAAUACUCCACGUCAAAUUAUAAAUAUUUAAACGUGCAGAUAAUUGACCCUUAACUAGUAUCAAUUAUGGCGCACACUACAAUCAGACAUCAAUUAAUUCCAAACUCUCGAUCGAACGUUUUUUUUAUUCGAUAAAUGUUACGAGAAGUUAUGUGAAAAGAAUUCAUUUAAAUUCGCCGCUAUUGAAAGAUCUUCAAGAUUUUUAAUGUAUAAAACACUAUUGUCAUAUCAUUUUUUAUUAGUUGUUUUCGUUGUACGAAUACUGUUUUGAAUUGUUUUCAAAUAAAUUGCAGAGAA